AUGCCGCUCAUUUUGGUCCCUCAGAUGAUCUUCUCUGGUUUGUUCACUCCUAUAAGUGAAAUACCGGUGUGGUUACGAUGGUUGCAGUAUUUGAGCUUCCUCAAGUACACUGGUUCCUUGGCAUACUUCAAUGAAUUCGGCUUCGAUAUGACCCUCCUGAACGAGGCUAAUGACAUCCAUGCUGAUCUUGUUGGGUUGUACAUCGGUGUUUUGUUGGCAAUGCUCAUCAUACUGCGCAUCUUGGCGACUGUGAUUCUGAAACGUAAGGCUCGGGCUGUUAGUCCUCAGAAUCUCGACUGCCACUCUUCUUUGGUUACCGUCACUAAGCAGACGCUUUGUUCCACCACAAUGGUUUGGUAA